AUGAGUUCCCUUGAUCUGGAGAAAAAAAAUGAGAUCGAGCAUUUUGAGGGCGACUCCGACUCGGGAAUUCGCGUUAUUCAAAUUGAUGCUGGCAAGUAUUUGGAAGUCAACGAUGCCAAGAUUGCCGAGGGCAUCGAAACGUUGGAACAAGAGUUACAAGCCUCUGGCAAGAAGCCAUUUUUGUCAAGUAGAUGGUUGAAAAGACCAGAACGGUUCAUUUGGUAUCUGGCCAGUUUGGCCUCUGUUGGAGGGCUCUUAUUCGGUGUGGACCAGUCUUUAAUCAGUGGAGCUGCGCUGUAUUUGCCAAAAGAUCUCAAUUUGUCAGACCCGCAGGAGUCGAUGGUGGUUGGAUUUACACCGUUGGGCGCCAUGGGAGGUGCUCUGGCUUUAAUGCCGUUGAACGAUAUCUUUGGAAGAAAAGGAACGAUUAUCAUUUCCUCAAUUGUGUUCACAGUGGGGGCAAUAUUGGAAGCCGCAGCCAUGAAUUUUGCUGUCAUGUUAGUUGGAAGAAUUGUUCUGGGGCUGGCACUUGGUCUUCUAUCUGGAACGGUUCCUGCAUAUAUUUCUGAGAACUGUGCUCGCAAAUGGCGUGGAGGACUGGUGUCGCUGUACCAGGUGAUGGUUGCUUUUGGCGUCAUGAUGGGAUAUGUGAUUGCAGCAAUGUUCAACUCGGUGAAGGGAAAUUGGAGAUACGUUCUGGGAAGUUCUGUGGUCUUUUCCACAAUUUUGUUUUUUGGAAUGUUGACCCUGCCUGAGUCGACAAGAUGGCUCAUGAAACGAGGCCGGAAGCUGGACGCAUAUCAGGUGUGGAAACACGCACGUGGACUUGAUUCCGUGGACGAAAGACAAGAAUUUUACAUUAUGGAGCAUGUUUUGCUAUACGAAAAGGAAAUGGCGCAGGAUAGAUGGCUCAUUUUGGACCUAUUCGGCACGAAAAGAUGUUUACGGGCAAUAUCAGUUGCAGUGACUUGCAGUUUGAUCUGUCAGCAAAUGUCCGGUGUCAACUCGAUCGAGUACUACCAAGCUACCCUGGUGCAGGCGGCAGGGCUCACGCCUCAGAAUGCCGUCUACACAAGUUUGGUCGGUGGGGGAGUGAUGUUCCUUUCCACGAUUCCCGCUAUUUAUCUUAUGGACCGCCUUGGAAGACGUACCUUGAUGCUGACGCUUAUUCCGGGUAUCGCAAUAGGACUGAUAAUAACGGGCUGUUCAUUUUUGGCUACAAAUCUUGGUGUCAAACUAGGUAUCUAUUUCUGGGGUAUCAUCACAUACACGAUCUUCUGGUCCCCGGGACUUGGUCCAGUUCCUUAUCUUCUGGCUGCAGAGGUCUAUCCAACAUACUUGAGAAGUUACGGAAUGAGUCUUGCCUCAUUUUGUAACUGGACAGGUACCUUUGUGACGACUUAUCCUUUCCAAUAUAUGGCCAAUUCUAUGACUUCUACAGGCGUCUUUGCAGGACUCUACUGUGGUUUGCUUCUAUUGGGAGCAUUCUACUUAGCUUUGUUUAUGCCAGAAACCAAAGGUCUGACUUUGGAAGAAAUCAACGAGAUUUUCCAGCGGCCGCUGACACAUACGAUGCAUACCAACGUGCGCAAUUUGAAAAAAACUUGGAAUGCUUUGAUUCACUUGAGAUUCAGAGAGGUGUGGAAGCUCGACUCCCAGUAG